CAUGGCGAUAGUUAAGUGCAACAAUCAACAGAGCACAUUCAACGUCUCCUAAAAACUGUUACUACUAUUGUCAUGACAAAAUGAAACCUCUCUCUUUUUUACUUCUCUCCAUUCUCUGUAUAGUGUCCAGUGCACUCGCGAGUCCAUCAACAGAUAAAUUCGAACAAUUCCAAGCCCUUUCGCGUCUCGCGCCCAUUGAUCUGGACGACUCGUCAUAUGGUGAUCUGACUUCGAAGCCGCGCGAUUACUAUGCUGCCAUCGUCCUGACAGCGACGGAGGCUCGCUUUGGGUGUAUUCUGUGCCGGGAACUUCAGCCAGAAUGGGAGCUUAUUGCACAGAGUUGGAACAAGGGCUCGAAGCCUGAUGAGUUGAAGUUGCUUUUUGGUACCCUUGAUUUUGUCCAUGGCAAGGCUACGUUUCAAAAGCUGAUGCUUCAAACCGCACCUGUUCUACUGGUGUUCCCUCCGACUGUUGGCCCAUUUGCCAGGGUUGACGAUACGCCCUUCAGAUUUGACUUUACAGGUCUCAUGUCCGCAGACCAACUGUACACAUGGAUUAAUCGUCACCUGCCCGAGGGACCGAAACCGCCUCUUGUACGUCCUGUCAAUUACGUGCGACUUGUCUCUGCAAUCACACUGUCUAUGGGUGCGGUGACCCUUUUUACGGUCUUAUCACCCUAUGUUCUGCCAAUUGUUCGGAAUCGAAACAUCUGGGCCGCGAUCAGCCUUAUUGCUAUUCUUCUCUUUACAAGUGGACACAUGUUCAAUCACAUCCGGAGAGUGCCAUAUGUCGUCGGAGAUGGCAAAGGGGGCAUCAGCUACUUUGCCGGUGGGUUCCAGACCCAAUUUGGAAUGGAGACACAAAUUGUUGCAGCUAUAUAUGCCACGCUUUCUUUUGCCACAAUUGCACUUGCCAUGAAAGUACCCCGUAUGGCCGACGCAAAAGCGCAACAAGUGGCUGUAGUAAUCUGGGGGGCUGUCUUGUUUGGGGUGUAUAGUUUCCUCCUCAGUGUUUUCAAGGCAAAGAAUGCCGGCUACCCUUUCUUCCUGCCCCCAUUCUAGUCGAUUUCGCCUUACCAAUUGAAGCCUCUCCGUUAUCUUUGUUGGUCAAAGGAGCAACGGGGCUUACCUUGGAUCUCUUAGCAGUGAUGCAUAUCAUUGUUUAUCAUUAAGCAGAGUAUGUAGCACUCUGUAGUAUCGGCUUCUGUGAAGGAAAUCAAAAUAUACAGGUCAAUCACCUAAAGCACUUGAAUGUACUCUGUAUCCCAUAUUGGCUUUGUAAGAUCGAGUUGAAACAAUCCACAUGGUAACCAUAUGACAUUACAAUAGGAAUAUAUGUGUAC